ACCCACUCAGAUCCUAGUAUUUCCCACGGGUUUGCAGGAAACUCAGCCACCUUCCUGGCGUUCCUCUGCCCGGAUCCCCUCUGCUGCGGGGGGCUGCGGCGGGGGCGGCACUGCCCGGAGCUCAGCGGAGGCGGCGGGGCGGUGCGGGGCCACCCGGUGCGGCGGGGAGCGGGCACUCGGGUCAGGGCUGGGAGCUCCCACGGGGGCAGGUGGCGCCUGGUAGGGGCGGCCGGGGCUGCGGGGCUCCUCUGGGGCAGGCACCUGAGCAAAGCCCGGCUGGGACAGGAGCGGGAGGGGAGCGUUUCCCCGCGGAGCAGGGACCAACCCCUGGGAUGCCUCUCGCCGGGAUGCUGCGGGGCCGGAGCGGGGCUGACACCGCCUCCCCUCGGUGAUCACCGCAGCGCCGGGGAUGAGGAGGAGGGAACCGUCCACCGGGCUCCCCAUCGCGAUGUCCCCUUCUCUCCGCAGAGCACCGGCCGGCCGUGCCCGGAGCCGGACUUCUCCGGGGGCCCGGGCUGCGCUUACCCCUGGGCCGGGGUUUCCAAGGAGACUUGGGCUGCCCUGUGCUCCGCGGAGCCGCCGCCGCAGCUCGGGCCGGGCCGGCGGGAGCCUCGGCCGCCGGGGCAGAUCUGCAGCCCGCAGCUCGGUGCCCAGGAGGCGGCGUGGCGGGGAGACCAGUUGUCCUCCCAGCUCUACAGAAACAAGCAGCUUCAAGAUACCUUGCUUCAGAAGGAAGAGGAACUUGCUAGGUUACAAGAAGAAAAUAAUAACCUCCGACAAUACCUGAAUUCUGCCCUGAUUAAGUGUUUAGAAGAAAAAGCCAAGAAACUGCUGUCCUGCCAUGGCCAAAAAACCUGUGCUAUUCUCAAAAGCACCAAGAGGAGAUUAAAAGAGGACCACUGCUUUGUUCCUCAAGAAACUCCUCAUGCUUCCAAAGCUAGAAGGAACCUCUUUAACGAAUUCACUGCCUGUGAAGAGCAAGACAGCCCUGCCAUGGACAGCUGGGUCUUGCAGAUUUUAGGAUUAAAAGAUGUCGACACUAUUGAUGAAACUUCAGCUAACUACAGUGCCCUGUCCUCAGACCUUGGAAAAGACACGUACUGUCUGAACCCUGGUGAAGCAAUAGACUACGACCACAGCGAAGGAGCAGCAGUGUAUAGCUGCACUCACAUGCCUCCAGCUAACAGCAGCACCCAUCCAUGCAGUGAGGACUCUUCCUUCCUUCCACAGUUUUCUUCAGCACCAUGUGUCUCCUCACCAGUGCCAAGCAUUUCUUCCCUCCCAGCUUAUGGCUUGCCUUAUUUGACUGGUGAUCUGUCACCCAACAAAACAGAAGUGGCCUUCACAACAUCUUUAAGUCCUCACAGCAAUGUGAGAACGCACACCUUCCACCAAGGACAAGCCUUUGUGCGCAGGGAUGAUGACGGAGGAUGGAGAUUCACCUGGGUGCCCAAGCAGGCUGAAUAAUGUGACUGCUCUGAGGGUCAGCUGUAGGGGAUACUGGGGACAAACACUUCAUCUUGUGCUUGAGACAGGUUCAGGCAUCAAAAAUGAGCCCUCCUGGCCUCUCUUAAAUGCUACUUUGUUACCUGCCAACUCCUCCUUCCCUGCCAGAUUUUUACAGGCAUAACACUAGAUUGCACCUGGACAAUUACCUGUCCCAGGCCAGAUACACAAAUCGGAUCCACUUCUCUUGUGCCUGUGUUGAGAUACCUGCUUUUACUUGCUUCUUUUUUUUUCUGUCAUCAGCUAUUCCUUGUUAACUGGUAGUUUCCAGGCUGGAGUACAUUUUGGGAAUACAGUUUGGAAAUAUCACCUCUCACAGGUAUCCACAGAUGACAAAGGAGACAUAGGUUGGAAGCUGAGGAUCAGCAGUGUCUAAGUGGUUUGUUUCUUUCUUGGCUACACAGCUUGCCUUAGAUUAAGGCAACCGUGGCUAUUUGUUAACGUGCUACACUAGGCUGACCUACCUACAGUCACAUGGUGCUGUCAUACUCUUUGAUGAUGCCUCUGUUGCCUGGAGGCUACUUAAUUACAAGUGAUUCGGCAAGUUCAGGGGAUUAAGAGACUAAUGCGUUUACUACAUUGUGUUUAAAAGGUAUUUUGUUCUGUCAGAUAAAGAGAGUUUUAAAAGUUUGAGCCCUGGAGCAGUAACUAGAAUUGGAGAUGCUGUAGAGUAACAACUGCCAUUACCAGCCAAGGCCCUGGCCCAAUGUAGUAGUGGCAGAAAUUUUCUCAUCUCUGGGUAAUGUUCACUCAAAGCACUUAUUUUUUCUGCAAAGGAUGCAUCUCACUAGUCUUUUGAUGGAUUUUCUUCCAUGUUUACCUGCCUGACGUUAAAAGCCCUUAUAAAAGGGAGCCACUCCUGGAUUCAUAAGCAAUUUCUGUGGCUUCACUGGAGCUUUUUUUUUUUUUUGCAACAGGAAGAGCUAUGCUGGUGAAACUGAAGGUUUUCUUUCUACAGAACAACUUCUUGACCUCUUUGUCCUGAUCUCUGAGAGCACAGAGAGAUUUAUCUGCAAUCAACAUCAACCCAGAGUCAGGGCUCCUUCCUCCUCCUGUAACCCCAUGCUUGCUGUUGGAAAUGUUUCUCCUGGUUUGGGGAGGCAGCAUCAGUGGUUAGAGUGAGACUUUGCAAACCACAACCCUCAACACUAGUUCUUGCCUCUCCAUGUCUCUGCCUGAAGCCAAGACCACCACCACACCUUGAGAAUGCUUUAGAAUCUGUGGAAAGAAGGUGCUCUGGCACUGCACAGGACUUUCAAUAACACUGCUAAUGAUAUGAAGUCAACUGACAUGAAGUAAACUCACCAGUAGUGUUUUGUGUUACCUUUGUUUUCUGCUUUACAGCAGUUUGAUGCAUAGGUAUUGGAAAUAGAGUGGUUUUGUUAUUCUUGCUUUCAGAAUGGUCCUAGUGACAUUAAGGAAGUACUUAAGUAAAAAUUACUGUAAUUGAGGAUUUCCUACCAGUGGCCUAUUUUCCUAGAGAAAACUGAAUAUUCCUUUAUUUUUAGAGGAUAAAAAUAGCUCCUAAAUAGCCUCUUGUGCCUUAGAAUUGCAAUAUUUGGGAUUCUCCAUCAGGAGCGGUAGUGAUUUCCCAAAAGAUUUCUAAAUAAGCUCUAUACCUCUAGGUAAUUACUUUAAAGACAGUCAUGGGGCAGACUUCCAGAAUAGGCAAUUUGAAAGCGUUGAUUGUAGGCAUUAUUGGACUAGAUUUGGAGAAGAAAAAACAAAACCAAAGAAACAUCACACACAGCAAAUGAUGCAAAUACAAGUACUUGUUUGGGGUUUUAUUGCAGUCAGUAAAAAUGUGGCCAGCUGAUGAAGACCAGUCAGACAAGACCACUGUUUCUCUAGCACUUUUCUGCCUUUCAGUGAAAGCAGAAGGAAAAUAGUGUCCUACCAAAAACUCAUUUCUAUUAAUCUCUUCCUGCCCUGCUAUAUAAGGUAGCAUUGAAGAAAAUACUCCUGUCACUGAAGUUUUUAUUGGUGUGUGUGGUAGUGUAAAAAAUGCCUGACCUUAACAUUAAUAUGUGAUGGGAAACUGGGAAACCCUGGUAUGUGUGGUGUGGGGU